GAAAGUGAAAGUGACAGAGCUGCAGAAGAUGGCAGAGAGAUGUGGACUCCCAGACUCUCUGUCCUGCACGGUCUGCCUGGAGGUGCUGAAGAACCCCGUGACCCUGCAGUGCGGUCACAGCUACUGCAUGGACUGUGUUCGUAGUUACUGGGACCAGGAGGAUCAGGGAGGUGUGUACAGCUGUCCUCAGUGCAGACACACAUUUGCUCCCAGACCUGAGCUGCACAGGAACUUGGUGCUGGUUGAUUUGUUGGCAAACAUGGCCGACACAGGACCAGCACCCCCUCCAGGUAAGGAUGAAGUCAGUCCAGGCGAGGUGGAGUGUGAUUUCUGCUCUGUCAGGAAGCUGAAAGCUGUCAAGUCCUGCCUGGUGUGUCUGGCCUCGUACUGUGCCACACACCUGCAGCCUCACUACGAGUCUGCUGCUUUCAAACGGCACAAGCUGGUGGACGUGUCCGUCUCCAUCCAAGACAACAUCUGCUCCAAGCAUGACAAGCCGCUGGAGGUCUACUGCCGCAGCGACGGUCAGUGUGUCUGUCUGCUGUGUGUGAUGGAUGAACACCGAGGUCAUGAUACUGUGUCUGCAGCUGCAGAGAGGAAACUCAAGCAACAACAAUUUGGGAAGAAGAAGCAAAAAUAUCAGCAUGGAGUUCAGGAGAAGCAGAAGCAGCUGCAGCAGCAAAUGAAGUCAUUGCAGCGCUCUAAAGAUGCAGCUCUUGAUCAGAACGAGAAGGCCUACGCUGAGAUCGUCUCGAUGGCCGAGAGGAGGCGUUCUGCUGUGAGGGAGAUGAUCAGAGAUCAGGAGAAAGCUGCCAUGACCCGAGCUGAAGCUCUGAUGGAGCGAAUCCAGGCGGAGAUCAGGGAUCUGAGGAGGAGAGAGGAGGAGCUGAAGCAGCUGUCGCUCACUGAUGACCACAUUCAGUUCCUCCAGCGCUGCAGAUCCGUCUUGGACCUCCCAGAUCUUCAAAUCUCCUCUGGUGUCGUCAUCCAAAACUCUCCCUUUGACUUUCUGACAAAAGCCAUUUCAGACUUGAGAGAGAAAACCAAAACCCUGACGCAGGCUGCUGAAGAAAUGACUGAGCACAUUAACAGUGAUCUGGAGCCAAAAACGAGGCAAGAGUUUUCCAUGUAUUCCUGCAGCCUCAGCCUGGAUCCGAACACAGCAUUUGAGAACCUGCUGCUCUCUGAGGGAAACAAAAAGGUCUCCUGGAUCAAGAAAGUCCAGAAGUACCCGCCCCACACUGAGAGAUUUACCAAAUACGAUCAGGUGUUGUGCUGCGAGGGUUUGCACGGGGUCUGCUACUAUGAGGUUGAAUGGGGGGGACCCAGAGUUGAGGUUGCUGUUUGCUAUAAGGGUCCAGAGCUGCAGGAAAGCUCUUUUGGAUGCACGGAUCAGUCCUGGAGCCUUUCUCUGUCAACAUCAGGCUGCACGUUUUGGCAUCGAGAUGUCAAAACCAAAGCCUGCGGUCCCUGUUCCUCCAGGGUGGGGGUGUAUCUGAACCACAUGGCGGGAAGUGUGGCCUUCUUCAGUGUGUUUGAGUCUGGUCACAUGGAGCUCCUUCACAGGGUCCAGGCUGCCUUCUCCCAGCCGCUGUACCCUGGAUUCAUGGUCUCCAGGGGGGCGACGGUUAAGAUCCUCCCAUCUGAGUAAAAGGUUAAAACUGACUGAGCGGUUCUAUAUUGGAGCAUCAGUGUUAGAAGAUGAACUUAAUCAGACACGUCUUGAAGUUGAGUAUUGAUAUCUGGACUUAAUGUCUUGUUUUCUUGAAACGUUUUGUGAAGAUCCAGAUGAAAUUGAGUCCAGAUGACCAUAAAUCUAGAUGAUUCAAAGUCCAGAUGCCAGAAACCUAGAUAAUAUUAAGUCCAGAGACCAUGAAUCUAGAUGAUAUUAAAUACAGAUCACCAUGAAACCAGAUGAUAUUAAAUCCAGAUGACCAUGACUCAACUUCACGUCAGCAUCACUUGGAUGAACAAGAAUCUUCACCAACAGAAUAUCGCAGAAUAAUGACGCAACGUAAAGUUCAGCUUUCCUCUUUAACAUUUCAAAGCAUCUCAUAUGUUAUAUAAAUGAAUGCCAGCUUCUAGUGUUUGUCUGUCUUUAUUUUCAUUUUUUUUUUUAGUUAAUUUCAACUUUGAGAACACAUAUAUACUUACAACCAUCCAAAAUACAAAUUUUCACACUACAUUCUGAAUACAUUUCAACACUUGUACGUCGAUGAUGCACUUUUUUUUUUACACAUUAUUUUUUCAGCUUGAAAAAAUAGUUUUAAGAUGAAGGAAAACUUUUUCAUACCCAUUCCCUUAAGUAUCUAUAUCUUAACUAUGGUCUGGUUGUUGAUGUCUAAUUCGUAUUAAAAUCACUGAAACACAUAUCAUUGAUAUUCAAUUUCCUUAGUACUAUGGAGGGAUUUUUUCUGCCACCAUAUCGCAAGCAAAAGUCAGUUUUAAGAUCAAAAUGUUUUGAAUUGCAAAUUAAAUGGAAAGAAAAAAGUCAUCAUUUGCAAAUGAAGAUAUUUGCUUUCAAAACCUUUUUUUACUUUCAAAUAUUUUUUGCUUUGUUAU